AUGGCGGACUCGAAGUUUAAGUACAAGAUCGAGAUCCAGCAGAUGAUGUUUGUCACGGGGGAGGUGAACGACCCCCCGGUGGAGACGACGAACAUCAUCGAGGAGAUCGUGCGGGGCCAGGUGAUCGAGAUCCUCCUCCAGGCGACGAAGACGGCCGCCCUCCGCGGCACCAAGCUGAUCGCCCCCGAGGACGUCAUCUUCCUCAUCCGCCACGACAAGGCCAAAGUCAACCGGUUGCGGACGUACUUGCUGUGGAAGGACGUCCGCAAGAACGCCAAGGACCAGGAGAACGGCGGCACCGAAGGGCUCAUUGAGGGCGACGCCGGCGGCGGCGGCGGCGGCGCUAGUGGCAGCGGCGCUGCUGGCGCCGCUAACCCGGCCUCCGACCUGGCCAAGAUGUUGAGCCGCUACAAAAAGCUGAAGAUCCGCCUUCCGUGGGAGCUCCAGUUCAUGUUCAGCGAACAGCACUUGGAGACGGCGGAGGAGCUGGAGCAGAUCGACGACGACGAGAAGGCGGCGUCGUUGGCGCUGUUGAAGCGGUUGAAGAUGGCGGACGACCGCACCCGCAACAUGACCAAGGAGGAGUACGUCCACUGGUCCGAGUGCCGCCAGGCCAGUUUCACCUUCCGCAAGGCCAAGCGGUUUCGCGAGUGGGCCCACAUCGCCCAGCUCUGCGACCUGCGCCCCAACGACGACGUCAUCGACAUCUUGGGCUUUUUGACGUUCGAGAUUGUGUGUCUGCUCACCGAGGAGGCGAUGGCGAUCAAAAACCUGGAGGAACGCCUUCACCAGUUGAAGCUGAAGGAGGAGAAGGUCAAGGACAGCAAGCCCAAGCAGCAGAAGCGCAAGUACUUGUUCGACAAGCCCGACGAGUUGGCCAAGCCCAUCAUGCCCUACCACAUCGAGGAGGCGUGGCGGCGGCUCCAGGCGAGCGACUUCAAGCACGUCGCCGCCCGGUCGUUUGGCGGCGGCCGCAUUAAGAACCGCACCCGCCUCAUCUAG